CGUCGUUCUCUGCAGUGUUUAAUUAGACUUGAGAACGACGUCGUCUGACUUGUCCUCCAUUAUCGAAAGCCUCCCGUUUCUAGCCCUACUGAGGAUAGAUAGUAGAUACACUCGCUUCAAACCUGGGAGGUGGGAACAAAAGCGAUCCAUGGGAUGCGGAUAAGGUACCAACUACCGCAUCUAAAACGUAAGACCCUUCUUGUCUAAAUCAAUUGAGGUAGUUUCGUUUUCUCCUGGUUUUUCUUCUUCUUUCUCUGACUUCGCGUUUUAAGCUUUCCGUUAUAGUUAUUUAGUUUCUUAGAUGCUUACAAUGUAUACCAAUUUGACGAAGAGCCAGGCAUUUCCCUUGGCUAUUAGGAUUUAUUCACGACCCAGAUGCUUAAAAUUGUUCCACAACUCAAAGCCCCAAUCUUGUCCCACUGGGUCUUAUCCAAAACCCCUGUUAAACCCCAUUAGGAUCGAAACCCUUGGAGAUUCCCGUGUCAUGAAAUCCAUGGAUUUUUCAACUUGUUCCCAUUAUAGGACCCUGGGAAUGGGCAGUAUAGCGAAACCCAGAAGUGGGUUUCGGCUUAGAAGUGCCAUCCAGUGUUGCCGUUUGAUAAAAGCUCCAAGUUUUUCAAGUUCGUAUACUCAGAGAGAUGGUGAGAAGAAUGGUGGGUUGAGACCUCGAAAAACUCUUCCUUGGUUGGCAUCAAAUAGAGCUAAGGAAGUAAAAUGGUCGGAGAAAGCAACGUCUACAAAGACGAAUCGUUCUUCUUGGGAGGAAUCGGCAAAUAGGUUGGAGAAAGUGAGCGGUAGGUCUUCUAGGGAGGAAUCGGCAAAAAGGUCGGAGGAAGCAACAACAAUGAGAAGUGCUCGUUCUUCUUGGAAGGUAUCAGCAGAAAAUUUUGUGGGGAAAAGUGGCAGGUUGACUGAAGGGAGUGAAGGAGGUAGGAAUAGAAUAGUAGAUAAGGCAGAGGAUCGGCAAAGGGGCUAUGUUGAUAGGUAUGGAAGCUCUGAAGAAGAUAAAGAAGAAGGAGGAGAAGUAGAGGCCAACGAUGAUCCGAGAUGGGAUAAAAUUAAACAUAGGUUCAGUGGAGUGGUGGAUGUAAGGGCUGCAUCUGAGAAACCUGAGUUGCAGAGGUGGAAUAAGCAGGAAAAUUGGGGUAGAAAGACAUGGAAAGAGGCUACUGAAUCAACUGUGCCUAAAAUGGUUGGCGAAGGGAUUUAUGGGGUUGGUCCAGUUUUGGCUGCUUUAUCAGCUCACAGAAGAGAAUUUUAUGCAUUGUACCUCCAAGAAGGUUUGGAUUUGAGUAAUAACAAUAGGAAGAAGAAGGACAAAAAAGGGUUUGAGAAAGUGUUAAGGAUGGCUGAAAGAAUUGGAUUAAGCAUAAGGGAAGCAUCAAAGCAUGAUCUCAAUAUGGUGGUUGAUAACCGCCCCCAUCAGGGUCUUGUGCUAGAUGCCUCUCCAUUGGAGAUGGUAAAAAUAAAGGAAUUGGACCCUAUUUCUAAGGAGGAAGGUAAAGGUUCUCUUUGGGUAGCUUUGGAUGAGGUUACGGAUCCACAGAAUUUGGGGGCAAUCAUUAGGUCGGCUUACUUCUUUGGAGCUUCAGGGGUGGUGUUAUGUGCCAAGAAUUCAGCUCCAUUGACUGGUGUUGUGAGCAAAGCAAGUGCAGGCGCACUUGAAUUAAUGGAGCUUAGGUAUUGCAAGAAUAUGAUGCAGUUCCUAGUAACCUCAGCUGAAAAUGGUUGGCGAGUUCUUGGGGGUUCAGUUUCUCCAAAAGCUGUUCCCUUGGAUGAGAUUUUGCCUGGUGCACCAACAGUUCUAGUUUUGGGCAGUGAGGGUACCGGUUUGAGGCCUUUGGUGGAGAGAUCAUGUACUCAGUUGCUUAGGAUCCCUGGAAAUGCUCCUCUGGACUUAUCCACUGGUGGUGUGAAUGAUACGGAAACUGCAGAAAGAAACUCGGGCUGCUCCGGUGAAGAAUUCAGGUCCUUUUUGGCUGUGGAGAGCUUAAAUGUCAGUGUUGCAGCAGGUGUGCUUCUUCAUCACUUAAUUGGAAACAACUACAAAAAUGAGUGCCACAUUGGAGAUAAGCCGACUGAUGCACUUGAACAAGAUUCCAUGGCCGAUGCAUUGAAUUAAUUGUCGCCUCAGUCUAUUUAUCUAAAGUUAAACGUUAUAAAUCUUUUAUCAGCACCCGUAGGAUUUUAUACAAAAUUGGUAGUAGGUUUGCAAUUUUGAAUGCCUUUUCACUUCUUCACUGAAACAUGUAUGAAGAGUUGUAACUUUGGUCACAAGCAAAGUAAUGCCCUCGGAUGAGAUCCGGUGGCCCUGACAUCAAAUAUUUCUCCUUGAUUUUCA